CUUGCAUGGAUUACUGCAGUUUUGUCAAGGAAACGUUUCAAUCAAUCCAAUACGCACCACGUGGUUUGGGUUUGUCCAAUUGGAGCAACGCUUUGAUACUCGAAAGCGUGCCCUUUGUUCAGGAUUUCGCCAAGUUAUCAACAAUAUGGUCGAAUUAACUUUUAUACAGCAACAUGUGGACAAAGAAUAUGAUUUGUAACGGCAAGAUGACAAUUUCUGGAUACGUCAAUAUCUUUUUUUCCUGGGGUAGUGAGUGUGUAGCCUAGACAUUUUUUGGCAAACGUUUUGCCAUGAGCUUAUUCAUCACAUGACUUCCCUUCCCCCACCCCGAGAAUGAUGAAGAAGUCGGACAUGUUUGAGGGAAAUGUGUUGAAAAAAAAAGUGUCGUGAUGGAGGACAAGGAGAAUUUUGAAGUAAAGUUUUUACUUUGCAUAAUGGAUUUACAAAAUGAGAUUUUUAAUAGUUAAGUUUUAUGUAACCCUGGGAGUCAAUUAGCAAACUAUUUUUGUUGGUAUUUACUCAAGAUUAAGACAAAUAUUAAUGUAUGGUUUAAUUCAAGUUUCGUUGUAUUUAGAAGCUUUCAAAUGUAUACUUUUUGUCCGUAUAUAUUGAAAAUGGCGAGGAUUUAGUGGCGUGACAUUGAAGAGAACGUGUAACCUUGGUGUGGGGGAUGGGUAUUAUCGUUUGGGAACCAUUUUGUAGAGCUUUUAAAACUACUUUUACGAGUUUCUUUUUGUCGAAGGUUGGCAUUGUGCUGAUAAUCCAGUAUACUCUAGUUUGUUGGACUUGGUCGAAUGAGUUUCUUGGUAUGAUAGGAACUGGUUGGGGAUUUAGUUGUAUAAGUUAAAUGUAGAUAUAACAAACGUUAGCUGGUUUGGGUUUUCUCUGGACAGCUACUGUUGAAGAUUUGAAGCUUUAUAGUUAUGAUUUAGUUGAAAUGUUCAAAUCGUGAAUGCGGCCUACUUGGGUGUUAUUGAAGAUGAGCAACUUUGCGCUAAAAUUCUUAACAGUUGCGACCUUUGCUUGAAGGGCCUUUUAAAAGUAAAUCUUAUCUCAUUUGAUAACCAUUUCAGCAAGAGUUGAGAGAAUUGCUGUGUCAUUCCAUGGAGGGCAAUUUCCUUUGCAUUUAAAACCUCAGCUUCAGUGUGAGUUAAGCUAUUUUGUCCAAAUGUUGAGCUAUUAAUAGUAUGUCAGGCCAUGGUUGAGUUCUUACAUUAGUAGGCCUCGGAUAAUGGUAGCCUUUCUUGUCAGAAAUGAUUCCUGGUAAAAUAUGUAGUUAGGUCAGACAGCACGCUGUUUGGAACUAGGCGUUAUGAUCAUCGCCCUUUUGAUCCAACGCAGGGAGUGGUAUUACUUGUACAUUUUGUGACACCAUCUCAUGUAUGCACAGUCAAGCUCGUGUACACUUCAAGAUGGCGCUCCGUAAACACAACCAAAAUGCGGCUACUCGAAAAGAAAUGUUUUUAAGCGCUCGGCCUACAUUUGGCAUCUGAUAGAUACGUGCGACCGAACUCGCUAACCAAUGGCUUGCUUUCUGUUCACUCUGGAAGUUCGCGCUAGAGGUUCAGCGACCAAUCAUUAUCGUUGCCUUGCCCACGCUGACGUAAUGUAAUUUGAUAAGCGAAAGGGCGGGUUGUUGGAUGUCGCAUUUCGUAAUAGACUACGUAAAAUAACCAAUCAAUGUACACAUUUUGAGUGCUGGGAGGUCUAGCCAGUAAUAUUGCGAAUGUAGUUUGAUUGAUAAUAACAUUAUGCGAAUAGGUUGGAUGGGAAGCAUAUAGGAAAACAAAUGAGUGUUUGGAGGUGUGGUUACUCUGGUUGACAUGUUCAACUGCGAAUAGAAAACCAUAGGGCGUAGUCUUAUAUUCCGUAUCCAAUAGAAUGCAUGGUUGGUCUAUAAAUUGUCGGGCAUAGACGAGAGAUGCCAUUUCGCUGAAGCAGUGAUCAGUUGGAUUCGGUGGGGGCUGGAGGAAAGGACGGGCAAAACAGGAACUUGAAUAUUGGUAUUUAAACAGAAUCCGGAUCCAUCGCGAUGGAGACGGCCAUAAACCCGCCCCAUGACAGCUCCCUGGGCGGGGUCGACGUAGUCCUGCAUGGCAUCAUGGCGAUGGAGCAUGGCCCGCCGGGCCCCGGAAAGCGCAUCCGGAAACCAUCAUUGCUGUUCGAGGGAUUCGAGGGCCCGCCGUUGCUCCCCCACGGGCAAGCUCCCCCCUCUGGGUCACCACGGCCCCUAGUGCACGACACGAACCGGCAGGGCCGCGCCACCAACCAGCUGCAGUUCCUCCAGAGAGCCAUGAUGAAGUACCUGUGGAGGCAUCACUUCGCAUGGCCCUUCCAUGAGCCUGUGGACGCCUCCAAGCUCAGCCUGCCUGACUAUCACAAGAUCAUCAAACAGCCCAUGGACAUGGGGACCAUCAAGCGCCGCCUGGAGAACAACUACUACCGCAGCGCCAGCGAGUGCAUGCAGGACUUCAACACCAUGUUCACCAACUGCUACAUCUACAAUAAGCCAACAGAUGAUAUUGUUCUGAUGGCCCAGUCCCUGGAGAAAGCUUUCCUUCAGAAGGUUGCCCAGAUGCCCCAGGAGGAGAUAGAACUGCCCCCUCCACCACCACGAGGCAAACCGGGCAAGCCAGGCAGAGGACGCAGGGCCACAGUACCAGGAGGAGUGACGACUGCUCACCAGGUCCCGGCAGUGUCCCAGUCCGCGUACUCUCCCCCCACGCCGGACACCCCAGAGUCGCUGCUCUCCACCCCCCCACAGACGCUCCUGGCCAAGAGCCUACCUCUCACCCUCCACAGUACUCCUGCUAUGCUAGGCUUAUCCCCCACACAGCCCACAGCCAAGAAAAAGGGAGUGAAGCGGAAAGCAGACACCACCACCCCCACCACCAUGGCCAUGCCCAUCACCGUUGGCGUUGGCGGGAUUGGCAUGGGCAUGGCCGGCGGGCCCGACUCCCCAUUGACACUCACCUCGCUGGGGGUAGGCCAUGGCUUGGGGCUCGGCAUGGGUAUUGGUAUGGGCCGCGGCAGAGGCACGGCGGGCACCAAAGCACCUGCAGGGAGACGGGGAGUCAGUGGGCGCCCUAUCAAGCCCCCGAAAAAGGACCUGCCGGAUUCUGUGCAGCUCCAGCCGGUGCGGCGCGGCAAACUGGGCCAGCAGCUCCGGUACUGCAACGGGAUUCUCAAAGAGCUGCUGUCCAAGAAGCACGCAGCGUACGCCUGGCCCUUUUACAAACCAGUGGACGCCUCCAUGCUGGGCCUACACGACUACCACGACAUCAUCAAGCAGCCCAUGGACCUCAGCACCAUCAAGAGGAAAAUGGACAGUCGAGAGUACCGGGAUGCCCAGCAGUUUGCCGGCGACGUGAGGAUAAUGUACUCUAACUGCUACAAGUACAACCCUCCAGACCAUGACGUGGUAGCCAUGGCACGCAAACUACAGGACGUCUUUGAGUUCUGCUUUGCCAAGAUGCCCGACGAGCCUGCGGCCCCUCCCGCUUCCAUGGGUGGGCACUCCUCAUCUUCAUCUUCCUCCUCGUCCUCGUCUGAGAGUGACCCCAGCAGCGAGAGCGACAGCAGCCCCAGCUCGGACAGCGAGGAGGAGCGAGCACACCGCCUGGCCGAGCUGCAGGAACAGGUGUGUACACAGCUGAAAGCAGUUCAUGAGCAAUUGGCAGCCCUCUCCCAGGGCCCCGUCGUCAAGCCUAAGAGGAAGAAAGAGAAGAAGGACAAGAAGAAGAAGAAGAGGCCCGAGAAGCAUCGGGGAAGCCGGAUACCAGCUGAAGAGGAUAUACCCAUUCGGCCGGCUAAAAUGCCCAAGGUCACCAAGACGCCGAAGAUGACGAAGACACCCAAGAGCAGCAAAGGAGGCUCCACACAGGGCAAGAGGAGCACUGGCAAGAAGAGCAACAAGAGCAAGUCCUCCAAGAAGUCUCAGGCGGUGACGCUCAGCAUGCACCAGAUGAGCGCCGCCGCCAUGCUCCCCCACUACGACUCCGAGGAGGAAGACGAGGUGUCGCCCAUGAGCUACGACGAGAAGCGCCAGCUCAGCCUGGACAUCAACAAGCUGCCCGGGGAGAAGCUGGGCCGCGUGGUUCACAUCAUCCAGGCGCGCGAGCCUUCGCUGCGCGACACCAACCCAGAGGAGAUCGAGAUCGACUUUGAGACGCUCAAGCCGUCCACGCUGCGCGAGCUGGAACGUUACGUCAUGACCUGCCUCCGCAAGAAGCCUCGCAAACCCUACGUAGGGAAGAAAGGUGGAGCAGGGAAGUCCCGGGAGGAGCUGGCUCUGGAGAAGCAGUUGGAACUGGAGCAGAGGCUGCUGGAUGUCAGCGGGCAGCUCAACUCUGGCAAGAAGCCUCAGAAAACCAAAGCAGAGAAGCCCAGUGCAGUGGAGCCCCACGCCGUAGCGUCUCGCCUCAGCGCCAGCAGCUCCAGCUCAGACUCUUCCUCCUCUUCUUCCUCGUCCUCCUCUGACACCAGUGACUCGGACUGAAAGCUCCAGAGGGAUGGGCAUUGAGCCAAUGAACCCCAGACAGGACAGAGCAGGACUGCCAACAGAGCUGCAGGCGGGUCAGACUAUAGUCAGAACUGACCCGGAAUUAAAAAAGAUAGAGAUGUGUUGAGAGAAUCCAGUUCCAACAGAAGUGGAUGGAGAGAGACUUUUUUUCAUUGCCCUAGAAACCUAGAGGGUUGACAUAGAUGAUGCGCCGUCUCAUAGGAAAAAGAGCCGAUGGCAGGAUCUCUACUGGCUCUAGAAAGAUGGCAGGAUCUCUACUGGCUCUAGAAAGAUGGCAGGAUCUCUACUGGCUCUAGAAAGAUGGCAGGAUCUCUACAGGCUCUAGAAAGAUGGCAGGAUCUCUACUGGCUCUAGAAAGAUGGCAGGAUCUCUACUGGCUCUAGAAAGAUGGCAGGAUAUCUACUGGCUCUAGAAAGAUGGCAGGAUCUCUACUGACUCUAGAAAAAUGGCAGGAUCCCUACUGGCUCUAGAAAGAUGGCAGGAUCUCAAGAUGGCAGGAUCUCUACUGGCUCUAGAAAGAUGGCAGGAUCUCUACUGGCUCUAGAAAGAUGGCAGGAUCUCAAGAUGGCAGGAUCCCUACUGGCUCUAGAAAGAUGGCAGGAUCUCUACUGGCUCUAGAAAGAUGGCAGGAUCUCAAGAUGGCAGGAUCCCUACUGGCUCUAGAAAGAUGGCAGGAUCUCAAGAUGGCAGGAUCUCUACUGGCUCUAGAAAGAUGGCAGGAUCUCAAGAUGGCAGGAUCUCUACUGGCUCUAGAAAGAUGGCAGGAUCUCAAGAUGGCAGGAUCUCUACUGGCUCUAGAAAGAUGGCAGGAUCCCUACUGGCUCUAGAAAGCGAGGAGGAUAGAUAGUCCAGAACUCUGGGAUCAUCUCGUACUAUGUCUUUCUCUCCAUGCUUUGUGUAUAUACUAUGUACAAAUAUAUAAAUAUCUAUUUUUCUUUUAUAAAGAAGAAUUUUAAGGAAUCCCCAAAUGUGGGGAUAAAGUAAAGGUGUGGACAGGCUGUCUUUAGAUUAACUGUUUUAUGACAAGGAAUUAGAAGGAAAAGUGUGUGUGUGAGAGAGAGAGAGAGUGGCACGGCCUCGCACAGUAAACACAGCCCUGCUUAGUUUCUCAUCUUGUUGAUGCAGGCGUUUGAAAUAAUUCUGCAUUGUAAAGCACCUUGGUUCAGUAUACAUGAAGAAACUGAAGAGCAUCAAGACUGCAACAUACGCAUGUACUUCUACAGCUUGAGAGCGUUGUCCGUGGUACACAAAUGGUUUACGUGAACUAACUUUUUUCCGACGUUUCACUCUGUAAAUGACCUGUUUCUAUCUUGUGACCAAUCUGCAAAUAAAUUGUGAGGACAUCUCUCCACUCAGCAUUACCCACACCCACAA